GGUUUCCCCGCCCCAUUCAGGUUCCCCGAGAAGCCGAUCUUCCUCUCAAGCUCCCGCUCCAAGUCCUCCGGAACUGAGUUGCGGCGCGCCAGGUUCCCGCCCGGAAGAGGCGACCAGGCCGCUUACGGACCGGCAACAUGGCGCGGUCGGGGAAUAAGGCAGCUGUUGUGCUGUGUAUGGAUGUGGGCUUUACCAUGAACAACUCCUUUCCUGGUGAAGAAUCCCCAUUUGAACUAACAAAGAAGGUGAUAACCAUGUUUGUGCAGCGACAGGUGUUUGCAGAGAGCAAGGAUGAAAUUGCAUUAGUCCUUUUUGGCACAGAUGGCACUGAGAAUGCCCUCGCUUGUAAGGAUCAGUAUCAAAACAUCACAGUGCACAGACACCUGAUGCUACCAGAUUUUGACUUGCUGGAAGACAUUGAAAGCAAAAUCCAAACAGGUUCUCAGCAAGCUGACUUCCUGGAUGCACUCAUCGUGUGCAUGGAUGUGAUUCAACAAGAAACUGUAGGAAAGAAGUUUAACAAGAGGCAUAUUGAAGUGUUUACUGACCUCAGCAGCCCAUUCAGCAAAGAUCAGCUGGAUACAAUAAUUCAUAACUUAAGGAACUCCAGUAUCUCCCUGCAAUUUUUUUUGCCUUUCCCAAUUGGCAAGGAAGAUGAAACUGGGGACAGAGGAGAUGGCAGCUUGCGCUCGGACCACCUUGGACCUGCCUUUCCUUUAAAAGGAAUAACUGAGCAACAAAAAGAAGGUAUUCAGAUGGUGAAAACGGUGAUGAUGUCUUUAGAAGGUGAAGAUGGGCUGGAUGAAAUUUAUUCCUUCAGUGAGAGUCUGAGACAACUGUGUAUCUUUAAGAAAAUUGAGAGGACUUCCAUGCCCUGGCCCUGUCAGCUGACCAUUGGCUCCAAUUUGUCUAUAAAUAUUAUGGCUUAUAAAUCGAUUCUACAGGAAAAAGUUAAAAAGUCCUGGAUGGUUGUAGAUGCAAGAACCCUAAGAAAAGAAGAUAUACAGAAAGAAACUGUUUACUGCUUGAAUGACGAUGAUGAAACUGAAGUUCCAAAAGAAGAUACGAUUCAAGGGUUCCGCUAUGGGAGUGAUAUUAUUCCUUUCUCUAAAGUGGAUGAGGAACAAAUGAAAUAUAAAUCGGCGGGGAAGUGCUUCUCUGUUCUGGGAUUUUGUAGAUCUUCUCAGGUCCACAGGAAAUAUUAUAUGGGAAAUCAAGUUCUAAAGGUCUUUGCAGCAAAAGAUGAUGAGGCAGCAGCUGUUGCCCUUUCCUCCCUGAUUCAUGCUUUGGAUGAAUUAGGCAUGGUGGCCAUAGUUCGCUAUGCUUAUGACAAAAGAGCUAAUCCUCAAGUUGGCGUGGCUUUUCCUUACAUCAAGGACACCUAUGAGUGUUUAGUGUAUGUGCAGCUGCCUUUCAUGGAGGACUUGCGGCAAUACAUGUUUUCAUCCUUGCAUAAUAAUAAGAAAUACACUCCCACGGAAGCACAGUUGAGUGCCAUUGAUGCUUUGAUUGACUCCAUGAACUUGAUAAAGAAAAAUGAAGAGGAGGACACGAUUGAGGACUUAUUUCCGACCACCAAAAUCCCAAAUCCUCAAUUUCAGAGAUUAUUUCAGUGUCUGCUGCACAGAGCUUUACAUCCCCAGGAACCUCUGCCCCCAAUUCAGCAGCAUAUUUUGAAUAUGCUGGAUACCCCCACUGAGGUGACAGCUAAAUGUCAGAUUCCUCUCUCUAAAAUAAAGACCCUUUUCCCACUGACUGAAGUCAUCAAGAAAAAAGAUCAAGUGACUGCUCAGGACAUAUUCCAAGACAACCAUGAAGAAGGACCCACCUCUAAAAAAUUCAAGACUGAGGAAGGGGAAGCCCACUUCAGCAUCUCCAACUUGGCUGACAGCGGUGUCACCAAGGUAAGCAGAACUUUCUCAUUUGCUGAAAACUUCCGUGUUCUAGUGAGGCAGAAGAAUGCCACCUUUGAGGAAGUGAGUCACCAGCUAAUAAAUCACAUUGAACAGUUUUUGGAUACUAACGAAAUACCGUAUUUUAUGAAGACCAUGGACUGCAUCAAAGCCUUCCGGGAAGAAGCCAUUCAGUUUUCCGAAGAGCAGCGCUUUAACAAUUUCCUGAAAGCCCUUCGAGAGAAAGUAGAAAUUAAACAAUUAAAUCAUUUCUGGGAAAUCGUCGUUCAGGAUGGAAUUACUCUGAUCACCAAAGAUGAAGCCUCUGGAAGUUCUGUCACAGAUGAAGAAGCCAAAAAGUUUCUGGCCCCCAAAGAAAAUCCCAGUGAAGACACAGCAGCCGUAUUUGAAGAAGGUGGCGAUGUGGAUGAUUUACUGGACCUGAUCUAGGUCCUGGAUGUGUGGGGAGUCUGCAAGCCUUGUCAUCACUGUCGUGCUGGGAGCUCUACACAGAACCUGGAGGAAGCCAUUCACGGGGACAGGAAGGUCUGGUGAUGGUCCCUGCAGGUUACAUGGAAGUGAAUCACCUAAUUCUCUGUGUAGUAAAUAUAUGCAUAUAUAAGGGAUAUUUAGAUCCCAUACAAGUUUAUAAAGAGACAUUGUUAUUUUCUGA